AUGGGUAGAGCACCUCCAUCUGGAAAAGGAUUGCCUCCAAUGAGAUUAUUAAAUAUUGCUUUCAAUAUUGCAUCUGGCAUGCAGUACCUUGCUUCACAUCAUUAUGUGCACAGGGACUUGGCCGCAAGAAAUUGCUUGGUAUCAGAUGAUUUUAUAGUUAAAAUAUCAGAUUUUGGUCUCUCUAGGGACAUCUAUAGCUCAGAUUAUUAUAGGGUGCAAUCCAAAAGUCUCUUGCCAGUUAGAUGGAUGCCACCAGAAUCAAUACUUUAUGGUAAAUUCACUACCGAGAGCGAUAUUUGGUCGUACGGAGUGGUGUUGUGGGAAAUUUACAGUUACGGUCUGCAACCAUAUUAUGGAUACAGCAAUCAAGAGGUGAUCUCGAUGGUCCGAGGCGGCGAGCUACUAGCCGCCCCCGCUAACUGUCCAACGCAACUAUACGCCCUCAUGAGAGAAUGCUGGAAGCACACGCCCCAAAGGAGGCCGAACUUCGAAGAUAUCGUAAACAGAAUACAAGAGUGGAUCCAGGCGGGCGGCUGUCCGGAACCCACGCCGUCAGAAUCAGGCGGCAGCUUAUACGGCCACAGAGCCACGACCUCCGCCAAGGAUUUCCAGGAGAGGGCGCCCCUGCUGCCGCCGCAUUGCUCCUCUUCCAACGGCUCCCUUGCCACAGGAAGCCUGAAGAAGUUCAGCGCGGCCGGCUCCAGUUCCAGGGCUGACGACAGCCGCUCGACCUGCAGCGAGGUGCCACCCCUGGCGCCCAAGUCGAAGAAGCACUCUUCGGCACCCCUAAUUGACACAGACAAGGCAAGCACCACCAGGGAUACCGUCGUAAGGAUAACAAACACUCAUUACAGUAACGAUAUU